AUGCCUCAGAAGCGCAAGCGACAAGACGAAGACCCCGCUCCUCCCCAGCCUCAGUCCCAACCCCAACCUCAAUCUCAACCUCCUCCCGCCGGUGCGCGUCGGGCGACGCGUCAAACUCCGGUCCAACCCCCACGAGUUCCACCAGCAGCGACCGCAACAACUUCAGCGCAACCACCAGCAAAACACCCCGAGACCGCCGUUCCGCCGCCUGUAAUACCGUCUUCUACAACUCUGCGAUGGGCUCCGCUUGAACAGCCAGGCCCGGCCGUAAGGCAUAACCCGCAAGCCAUGACGAGCGUCCAGACGCCGAGAGCUGGCCGGCCGCCGUCGGACUUGGUUGCGCCUGAGAUCACAUAUCAUGUACCUCAGACGCAUAUCAGCCCGUCGCACCGCACUUCAGCGCUCGUGCGUCCUCACGGCCCAACAGCACAGCCGCCGCGCAUCCUCGAGCGACCGCCGCCUCCGACGGUGACUCCUGUCUUUCCCCCAAAGCCUCCAGCGUCGUCCCCUUCACGCCCCCCGCUGCGAACCGACCGCAAUAUUGAUAAGGUGGUGUUGGGUAAUAUCGUUUUCCGCACAUGGUACCCUAGCUACUACGGAAAGGAGGUGCUUGGGGACUCUUCUGGGACGGCAGGAAAGGGAGGGAGCAAGGACACUGGAGCCAAAGACCAGACUUCAGGCGGCAAGUCCUCAUCUAGACGGGAUCGCGAUCACCCGCCUGUGCUCGACCGUUUACACGUCUGCCCCAGCUGCUUCAAGUAUUCCAAGGAGGUUAUACCAUGGCGGGGUCACGUUCAGGUGUGUGAGCGGCGGGCCCAUGUCCCAGGGCGCAAGAUCUACGUUCAUCCACAAGGCCGGAGAAAGGUACUUGUGCCGCAAGAGGCCAGAUCGACUGGACCCAAGAGGCGGAGAGGAGAGGGUAAUAUACGUUACGUCGAAGAGAUUGUUCAGGACGAGGGAGAAUGGAGCAUCUGGGAGGUGGACGGCGAGACGGACGGGCUCUUUUGCCAGAACCUGUCACUCUUUGCAAAGCUCUUUCUCGACAACAAGUCCGUCUUCUUCGACGUCACCGGCUUCAACUAUUUCUUGCUCGUUUAUACGCCUCCAGCCAAACCCUCGUCGACUGGGAACGCCCUAAGCAUCGGCCCCGCUACCACAUCGACCGAAGACGAGCCCCCGACGCCCCGCAUCACAGGCUUCUUCUCCAAGGAGAAGAUGUCAUGGGACAAUAACAACCUCGCCUGUAUCCUGAUAUUCCCUCCAUGGCAGCGAAAGGGCCUUGGUGCUCUGCUCAUGGGGGCCUCGUACGAGAUCUCGCGGCGGGAGGGUAUCUUAGGUGGCCCAGAGAAGCCCAUAUCGGACCUGGGUAAGAAAGGGUACAAGCGGUACUGGGCGGGCGAGAUUGCGCGGUGGUUACUUAGCAUUGAUGUCGAUGCUAACGGGCCUGGUAACGAGGUCCUUGUAGACUUGAACGACUGCAGCCAGGCAACGUGGAUUCACCCUGACGACUGCCUGCAGGUGCUGCGAGACAUGGGUGUCGCCGAAGAAGUCGGUUUGGGACCCGGUAAGCCCGAACCCAAGGCUGUCGACGAUGCGGAUGCGGAGGAGAAGGAAGACGAGGCUCCGGGCCCGGCAGCAUCUACCACAGCGCCUCCGGCAGAGGAAGACACGGCCGACAAGGAGCCCGUCAAGAUGGUGCCGCGGGUGCGGGUAGAUAAGCAGGCGGUCCGGCGAUACGUAGCGGAGCACCGGAUCAGCCUAGAGCGCAUGUGCGAUGCCGCGGGGUUCGUCGAGGGCUAUGCCAUCAAGGCGCCCGAGGCCAAGGACGAGGAUGAAGAUGAGGAGUGA